AUGGGGGGUUGCGCCGCGGCGAUGGGGAGGCGCGGCGACAUCGCGAUUGCGGCGAGAGCGGCGAUGAUGGCGCUGGUGGUGGCGCGCUGCUGCAUGCCCCUCGCACGCGCUGCUCCCGUGGUGGACGGCGAGAUGGAAGCUUUGGAGAGUCUGGCACAAGAAUGGAAAGAGGCCGCGGGUACGAGCACGUGGAGCAGGGGCAGGGAUUGCGACAGCAUGGAUUCCUUGAAGUGUGAUGGCGAUGGGCAUGUCAUUGCACUCAACAUCAGAGGGUGCAGCCUCGUCGCCCCCCUGCCCACGGCUCUCCUCGCAUUGUCCCAUCUCAAGGAUCUUGAUUUCGAGUUUUGCAAUCAACUCCCUCGCUCGCUCCCGGAUCUCCCAGGAAAAAAUCCUUCUCCCAUGGGCCUCAGCACCGCCUCUCACGGCAAUCUCAACGCUUCCGUUCCGCAAGAGCUGGGCAAUCUGCAGCAGCUCACCCGCCUGAGUUUGUCGAGCAACCAUCUACCGGAGUCACUACCAGUCGGGCUCUCCCAGCUGCAGAAGCUGCAGUCUCUGGAGUUGUCGUGGAAUCAUCAAUUGUCUGGGGAGCUGCCUGCGUGGAUCUUCAGCCUCACAGACUUGACUUCACUACGCAUCACGGAGCCAACGCUGUUAGGGUCCAUCCCCGAGUCAAUAGGAGCGCUCACCAACCUCGAAGAUCUGGACCUACAGGCCAACAGCCUGAGUGGCACCAUUCCCGCCUUCAUUGGCAACCUGACCGCACUUCUCAACCUGAAACUCAACGACAACGCUUUCUCAGGCUCCAUUCCGGGGACAAUCGGUAACCUCAUUCAGUUGUCCGAGUUGGACCUACAGGGCAACAGCCUGAGUGGCACCAUUCCCGCCUUCAUUGGCCGCCUCACCGAACUUCGCAUCCUGAAACUCAACGACAACGCUUUCUCAGGCUCCAUUCCGGGGACAAUCGGUAACCUCAUUCAGUUGUCCGAGUUAGACUUUGAGGGCAACCAGUUUACGGGAGAGUUGCCCUCGUUCGACCACAUGGGCCGUCUCAACAUAUUUCCAAGGAGCUUCAGCGACCUCACAGCCACCGAAAGCCGUCUCCCCCUCAAUGCUACCGGUGGAGACGAACCUUUACAGCACCGCAGCUUGUACACUGCAGUGGUGGAGGAGGCUCUCUCCGUUCUCCAGGCACCUCCAAACCUGCUGCUGCUGCAGCUGCUUCCACUGGCAGUGCUGCUGCAGCUGGCGUUGGCGUUGUCACUGGCCAUUCUGAGGCGCCUCAAGAAUCGACCCCCCACACGCUACUUCUUUUCAAGAAGAGCCCUUGCUGCCCGGCAAGCUGCCAUGGAUGUGGAGAUCACUUGA